AUGCGUGCUGAUGGACAUGAGUCUUCCUCCGUUGUUGGAGGUAUGCGUGUCGUUAGCGAUUCCUAUAGGGAUGACAAGUUCAAGAUGGCCUUGAGUUUUGUUGUUGAGGCCUUGCAGAACAAGAUCAAGAACUUGUCGCACGAUGACUUCAAGAGGGAUUUUCCACUUGUGUGGACGUUCUGGGGCAUUUUGCGUCCUACCUCGCGGGAUAAACUUCUCGGGAGACUACUGCCCACUAUUCGCCAAGAGGUCCGGGACCUCUUUGAGAAAGAAGAGUGGUCUGUUCCAGACCUACUCGCCUUUGACGCCGUGCGUCCCAGUGACAAGCGUAUGGGAGUCUACUGUAUCAUUGUUACUGGCAAUUUCGCGUACCAAGUCUUCCCAUGUGAUGCUUAUACUGGGUAUAGCAAAAGGGUUGGCGAACGAUGUCACGUUCAGCACGCAACGUGCAUCGGAGCAGGACGGGCAAAAAAAAACCUGCACCAUCGACGGGCAGGCUCAGCAGGUGCACAAAGCAACUUUAAGCUGUUCGCUGCGUUCCCUCCACGCGAGGAUACUGCCUUUGCCCAGCUUUUGGAGGGUCUGUUCAUGUUUCUCUUUCAGACCCGGCAGUGGCACAGAGAGGAGCAUCGCCUUUGCCCGAGGGCGACUUACGACCUGGCCGAGAGCAUUUGGCCUGACUGGCUUGUCUCACCAAGAUGGCGGGGGCUAUAUAUGGUUUGGUCCUUAAAGCAGGGCGUGAAUGGUAGCGUGCUCCGCGGACCGUCAAAAUGUUGCAACUGUUCUCGGACCGUCGAGCGACGUUCGGUUGUGGAUCGCCACUGUAGGGCUGGCACGAUGGGUCGUCGUGAUGAAGCUUUGUUUGUUCGCUCCCCCUAUGACCCGAGCGACGUUUUCGGAGGGUUUAUCUGCCAGGACUGCUGGAGGUGUCGUCGUGAUUUCACGCACCUACCUGAUGCAAAGCAAGUUCACUUUUACCAGGAGAGGGCCAAGAUGGCCGCUGACAAACAGAAUGGCGCCGAACGGACGUGCGAGCAUUGCUGGGAGAUCCAGAAUCCCAAUGCUUCAGACUUUGCGUAUGUCCACGAACUCGACAAGUGGCUGUGCGUCGCAUGUAGCCAGCACUGGUAUAUCUUCGUCCAGGAACGAGACCUUGGAACUAAAAUACGCCAAGAGAUGCGUGAUGCUGCCCGCGAAGCCGACGCUAGGUGCCAGAACGGCGAAUAUCCAUUGACAGAGGAAUUGGACUGCAAGAAGUAUGGGCGGCCUCUGAACUGGAUGGAUGGUGUGGGUUUUCGCUGCCAACACUGCAGUGACUAUCGAUGGAAACACGAUAACCGAGACCACACGAACCCAGCGAGCCUAUUCUCUCCGAAGGAGCUCGAACGUCUUCGACAGCUGCCUUCUCAUAUCUGUUACAAUUGCAGUGCUAAGGAGGGCGGACUUGGUGUCAGCGACACCUGGUUGAAGGAUAAGGAUGGCAGUGACAUUUGCCGCAUCUGCUGGCGAUACACACGGGAUCACAAGGGUCAGGCUCGGGACCCUCAUUCCCAGCUCUUUGCAAAAGCCAAGGCGCGAGUGGAUAAGGACCGCGAGAAGAUCGAGAUCCUCUACGGUAAAUGCCAGAAGAAAGAGGGUGGACGGGCCCAGAAGUUCACCGUGCACGGGUCCUUGUGCGUUCCUCUCUGCCGCAAGUAUGCGGCUGAUGAAAUAGCGAAGGCCAAUAAGGGCCAAAAUGUUGCAAACGCCAAUGGAGACUCGACUUGA